UCAUACCCAAUAAACACGAAUAAAGUAACGAAUCAGGGUCCGGUCUAAAUUGAAGCUGGAUAGAUUUGAGCGGCGGAAGGUCGCAAUAUAUAACACCGACAACAGUUGUUCUCCACUAUUUUUCGCUUCGAUCCAGAUCUGAUCCGUAACGCACACCGAGAUCAUGGGCCGUGGUGUCAGUAGUGGCGGAGGACAGAGUUCACUCGACUACCUGUUCGGAAGCGGAGAGCCAAAGCCCACCACAGCCAGGACAGAACCGGUGGAUGCAGCUCCGGUGAACCAUGUUCAUGUUGCCGCCGCCACCAAUGAGCCACCUCCGAAGCCUACAGCCACCGUGCCUCAGCCAGAUAUCACAAAACAGAUUCCGGCAGGGAUUCAGGGUAGCCAGAAAAACAACUAUUUCCGAGCUGAAGGACAGAACACUGGAAACUUUCUUACGGAUCGACCUUCAACCAAGGUUCAUGCAGCACCAGGUGGUGGAUCUUCUUUGGGAUACCUGUUUGGUGAUGGUAGCAAUGGCAAAUGACAUACCAAUUACCACCAUUGAUUCUUAGAAGAUAAGAGGUAAGAAGUGUGGUUUGAUGUCAAUGUAGACCUUAGUUAUGGUUAAACCAAAUCCUGCUUUCCAUUUCUUGGUACUUGUUGACUUCAGAUUUGUAAUAUAUUUCUCCAUCAUUCCAAUC